UUUAGAGAUAAUAUGUGUCAUUGUUUAUGACCAGAAUAAAACCAUACAACUAUUUUGAGCAACAAGUCACUAUGGUAACAGUUUUUCUGAUUAAAUUUAGAGUUGCAAUGCCUCCUCCUACUGUAAGACAUGGCUUUUAACAGCAGGUACUGUAUAUCAUUUUCUAUUGGGACUCAUUUUAUUUUAUAACAGGUAAGACUUAAUGUUAACUUACCUAGUGCAAAUUCUAUAUCACAAUACACAAUAACUUGUGCUGCAUGCUUAAUCAUUUCAUGGAAACCUUACUGGUUAGAGCUUUUCAAAGACAUGUGAAAAAUGAAUGAUAUCAUCAGAGGAAAAAAACAAAAAUAAUAGGAUCCUACAGCCAAUAACCGUAGUUGUCUAUACAUUUCACUUACUUCUACAAAACUGUUUCUUCAAUUAUAAAAGUCAAUACAUGCAACAGUGUAUCACAGUGGGAAGUUUUAAUUUUUUAAUCAUAUUAAUUUGUGUGCGUGAGUGUGUGUGUGUGUGUGUGUGUGUGUGUGUGUGCGUGAGUGUGUGUGUAUGUGUGUGUGUGCGUGAGUGUGUGUGUGUGUGUGUAUAUGUGUGUGUGUGUGCGUGAGUGUGUGUGUGUGUGUGUGUAUGUGUAUGUGUGUGUGUGUGUGUGUGUGUGUAUAUGUGUGUGUGUGUGUAUGUGUGUAUGUGUGUGUGUGUAUGUGUGUAUAUGUGUGUGUGUGUGUAUGUGUGUGUGUGUGUGUAUGUGUGUAUAUGUGUAUGUGUGCGUGUGUGUGUGUGUGUGUGUAUAUGUGUAUGUGUGCGUGAGUGUGUGUGUGUGUGUGUGUAUGUGUAUGUGUGCGUGAGUGUGUAUGUGUGUGUGUGUGUGUGUAUGUGUGUGUGUGUGUGUGUGUGUGUGUGUGUGUGUGUGUGUGCAUGCUCAUGUAUGCUGUGGUGUACACAUGGACAUCAGAGGACAACCUAUGUGAGUAGGUUAUCUCUUUCUACCAGGUAGGUCCUGGGGAUUGAACUCAGGCCUUCUCACUUGGCAGCUAGGGUCUUUACCCUCUGAGUCAUCUCACCAGCCCAGGACUUUAUAUAUUCAUAUUAUUUUCUUAUAUAACAUUAGGUCUCCUUGCCUGGUUUCUUACACCAUGAUGAAUAUAUUCUAUUUUUUUAAAUUUCUUAUUCAGUGGCAAAUAUUUUCCAGACACCUUGCAAACAGUGAAGAUCAUAAAUUUUCUUCAAUCCAAGCAGCACUUAAACUGAACCAUAGAAUUAGAGCUUCAAAACAAGUAGAACAACAAUAGUGGUAACUUCUCUCCCUGAGCCCUUGAGACAUUCCACAGAUUUAUGAGUCUGAACACUUGGUCCCCAACUAAUAGUGCUGAUUUGGAAUUUGGAAGUGGUCUGCUAACCACUUCCUGAGUCCUAUUCCUGCCUCUAAUGCCUUCCCUACCAUCAUGGGCUGUCUUCCUUCAGAUUGUGAGCCAAAAUAGGCCCCUCCUCCCCUAGGUUGUCUCUAGUCAGGGAUUUGGUCUCAGCAGCUAAAACACUAGGACUCCUCAGCAUUUCAUUUACCAAUUUAGUGCAGUCACAGGAAAUCAGAGAUGUGUACGUUGAAAACUCUCACAUCGUUUGCAAAGAAGUUGUAAUACUAGCAUCAGUAAAAGGAGUUUGACCUUCCAGCCUGACAAAUGGCCCCAUGAGCUUGCUCAGAAAUCCGCUGUACAGAUUAGGGACCCAGGUACUUUCCUUGGGUGUUACAGCUCAUGAAGUGAAUGACACAACACACUGAAUGUCUUAACAACGGUUCAGGAGCAAUGGCUUACACUGAAUAAAAUGAGAAAUUUGGCUGGUGAAAUGUAAUGAGCUUUCCAAGUCAUGAGGCACCAGAUGCCAGCAUUUCCUCAAUCACAUAUUAAAGUAUCUUUGUAUAAGUAUACUUUAUGUAAGUAUUGAUAUUAUGAACACUGUAUUUACACAAGGGAGCCCAGAACUUCAAUGUUUGCAUCCAUAUCAGUUACGGUUGCCACUUAAUAUUGCUGCUUUUCUUAUUGAAUGUCAGAUGAGGAAAUCACAGGAAUAAAACUGUAAGCUUGCUUAAGAUGAAAGGCCUUACUUAUGAUUUUGAUAGUUUGUUAUCAUAUAUUGAGGUGUGACAGGCAAGCCAAUUAUUCAACUAAUCAGUUCUAUUCACAUACAGUUCUUCUUUCAAGUGCCACCACGAAUAUUGACAAAAUUAGCGAUGUAAUACAACAUAAUGCACUUUGAUAAAUAUCUGGAAUACGUCAGAAUGAUGAGUUUUCUGCUAUGCAUGAACUACAUCCACAACGUUUUCAAAAACUUGAGUGUAUCAUUGAUGACAAAAAUACUGUGGGUUUGGUUUCCCUCGAGUCUGUUGAAAUCCUUAAAAUGCUUCAUUUCUUAGUGCUUCAUUUUCUUAAGUCGUCUGUUUAGCUGCAAAGAUGUAACGUGAUGAUAGAAAACGGUUUUAAAUCAUCCUAGGUGGACUUAAGGAAGACAGCCUCUGUCGAUUACUGCAGGGGUAUGCUCUACACCACUGAUUCCUUCUGCCCUCUAAUUCCUCAGAGCAUCACUCAUUCAGGCAAAAAGAAUGCGGUUAUUUGAAAUCUUUUGCAUAUGAGGGAAUUAUUUUCCCCGGUAAAAUCCCAAAGGGUGAUGUAAAAUUGUAGCUAGGUGAGUCGAGAGUAAAUACUACAUCCCAGAGGUUUCCAUCAUUUUGGCCCAGCGGAAGGCCCAGCGGAAGUCCCAGCGGAAGUAUUUAGAAUUGUGUCUAACCCCCGUAAGGAGUGGAAAUGCGCAUUUUCUCCGUUUCACCAGUGCCCAUUUUGAUCUCUUACUAUUAGAACACCAACCACUUUCCCUGAGGCAGGCAAGAAGCAGCUGUUACUAACAAGGCUGAGAGAUAAGGACUAGGGGCUUUGUGACUGGAGGGGCACCUGGGAGCAGGGGUCAUCCUUCUGACCUUCCAGCUCUAACCCCAGAACCCUUUCUAACUGGCUUAAAUGGGCUUGUUUUCCAGUUUUGUUAUUAAAAUAGAAGUGGAACUCUGCUUGCCCCAGCCUAUCAGCAUCUCUUUCCUCGGCCUGCCUGACCUUGAGGUGGUGGCAGCUGCUUCAGUGGAGUUAAAAAUGGACCUUCAGGCCGGCUUUCGUUUCUGUUGCUCUGCCUGCAAGCGUCCUCCCACCGAUCUGUUUAUCAAGCCCUCUGUACCGCUUCUGUUGUUGUUUUGCUUAUGAAGAGUCUUUAGCCUGGACAGCUGAUCCUGCUUUUCAAGGCCCUAACCUGCAGGUCCUUGCACAUGUAGUCCCCGAUGUGCAGGGACUGGUGCUGGAACCUCUCCUCGAACAAAACGCACCCCAGCCCCGGGUAUCUCAGCAGUUUCUUCAUCUUCUGAUCCCUGGCAACCCAGCUGGGAAUACGCACGCCUAGCAAAUAGGGCAGCAGGGCAGCGGGAAUAGUGUGGCUAACUGAGUUAGGAAAAAUGUUUGGCAUCUUGCUUUUAUGGGUGUGCGAUCCCCUCUGUCCCUCUUGCCCAGGACUCCCCGGGAGAGUCAUGGGCAUUAUCCCAGCAGGAUAACUUUAUUUUCAUGCUUGAAGACCAAAGCCUUAACUUCUUCCAAAACAGGCCCACACCAGGAACUUCAGCUUCUGGGAAAGGCAAUCGCUCCUAACUAUCCUGCGGGUGGAGCAGGCAACGGAGAUCCCAUUAGUGGUUUUGUUUAGUUUCUUGGCACUGCCCUCCUUUCAGUUCAAGAUCUCUGCUUUCAGAGGCCAGGUCUUAGAACGGUGCCAGGUUCGCCCUGGCCGCAGAGAGAACGUUUUAGUCACAUCUGUAGUAUCCUCAAAGAUGUCCCAUUGAUUCCUGAGUACAGCUGAAGCCAGAGAAGCCCUUGCCACAUCCGACCACCUGCGGAGUCUGGGUGCGGACUGGAGCUGAUGGGUUAGAUGUUAGAACACGAGCAUAAAGGAUGCUCACAUAAUACCGACUCAACUAAGCCAAGGACUUAUUCAGGAUGACACAGCAAAGCCUCGGGUCAUGGCUAACAGGACUUGGAGCUUCCUCCUGCCUGAACAGCUCCUUAGCCAAGACCUGGGCAGCCUGAGCGUGGAAGCACGCAAGCUGUGUGCAGGAGCUCACAUCAACGAAUCCAGGUUAGUGGCCAAAGGGAGGGGGUCCUUAGGUGAAUUACAGUCACGGUGACCAGUGGCCUACCCAGGAAACAGCAGGUAUCCGCCCAACUGGUGGCUGAUCCUCAACUCCCAGAGGCUUGCCUGGGCCCCUGCCUUCACUGCAACUGAAAUGAAUGCGACCUGACCCGGCAGGGGCGGGCCAGGGCACGGGCGGGGCGGGUGGCGCAGGUGGGCGUGCCGGCCAGGCAGGGAGGCUGGACCUAUAAAGCGCUCUCUGUUCCGGAAGCGGAGCGGCGGGGUGCAGCCUGUGCUGGUGGGCGCGGUGGCCCGCAGCCUUCGGCUCGCAGCGGGACUGUGCUGGGGGGCCACUGUCCAAGGAUCGGGCUACUGAGGGCGCCUGCCUCGGUUUGCCCCUCAGCAUCUGGUGAAAUCCCUGCAGCGCCUAAGGGGAAAACCGUUCUGCUCCGCGAGGGAAACAGAGCCGUUGACCAUGGUUGCAACGGGCAGUUUGAGCAGUAAGAACCCGGCCAGCAUUUCAGAGUUGCUGGACGGUGGCUAUCACCCUGGGAGUCUGCUAAGUGAUUUCGACUACUGGGAUUAUGUUGUCCCUGAGCCCAACCUCAACGAGGUGGUAUUUGAAGAGACAACGUGCCAGAAUUUGGUUAAGAUGUUGGAAAACUGUCUAUCCAAAUCAAAGCAAACCAAACUCGGUUGCUCCAAGGUCUUGGUCCCUGAGAAACUGACCCAGAGAAUUGCGCAAGAUGUCCUGCGGCUCUCCUCCACAGAGCCCUGUGGCCUUCGGGGUUGUGUUUUGCACGUGAACUUGGAAAUUGAAAACGUAUGUAAAAAGCUGGAUAGGAUUGUGUGUGAUGCUAGUGUGGUGCCGACUUUUGAGCUGACACUCGUGUUUAAGCAGGAGAACUGCUCAUGGACAGGCCUCAGGGACUUCUUCUUUAGCAGAGGUCGCUUCUCGUCGGGCCUUAGGCGAACUCUGAUCCUCAGCUCAGGAUUUCGACUUGUUAAGAAAAAACUGUACUCUCUGAUUGGAACGACAGUCAUUGAAGAGUGCUAAGGAGGAAAAAACAAUUAAAGUUCCCUAAUGAGUGGAUAAUAAACCUCUGAAGCUAUUCAGUCAGUCAUUUGUAGUUUGCCUGCCUGCCCUCACCAAGAACUCCCAGAUUUAGGCCAUCUUCCUUCUGGAUUUCUCACCCAUAGCAACCUACUUCAAAGGCUCUCUCUCUCUCUCUCUCUCUCUCUCUCUCUCUCUCUCUCUCUCUCUCUCUCUCUCUCUCUCUCUCUCCUCUGCUCUCACCGUGAUCUUCUCAAUGGCACGAUCUUACCAGAUGAUGUCCAGCCCAUCAAAAUAUACAGAGGUCCAUACCACCAGCUUCCUAUUUAGAUUUGAAGAGUUCUUACAUAAGAGGGUACAGUUAAAUUGAUGAGCUUAAUUAAAACAUCACCUUACAUAAGAGCAAAUAAAUAUCACAGUAGCAAGAGCAUGGCCUCUCUGCUUAGUGUUCUCCCCACACCCAUGCCCAAGAGACAAACAGCUUCCAUUGUAUUUUAAUGAUUACAGGAUUACUUUCAAUGUCUGUAGUAUCACGUCAACUCAGUUUUCCUGGUUCUCAACUGUUGAAUGUUGGCAUUUUUUUGUAUCUUCUUUAAUUAGAGAAAGAGAGAUAGCAUGUUGGCCUUUCUGGCAUGUAGUUGAUUGGACUGAGCAAAUGGUGAUUGCCCAUCUAUGAAGAUGGAGAGGGGUAACUCAGACCCUGUCCCAUUCGGGUCCACUUGACAACAUUACUACUUUAUACCAUUAAGAUGCUUAGUCCCCAGGGAGGCAUCUCACCACAUCAAUGGUAGCUCAUCUCUGGCCUCUUCUGAGAACAGGACCACCUUUCCUUAACUUCACACUUAUUUUUAAUUGUCAGUGUGUUUAUAUUUGCAGAACCUGGUUUGACUUUGAGAUGUUGUUGCUACUACAGACUAGAUGUGAAAAUCGUAUAAUAACUUAAGACAACCAGUGCACACAUCCAGCCUCUGCCCACCCUACACACCCACUCCUAGGAAAGAAUAAAUGCUUUGUUCCAUUGGUUUUUGUCUUAUUCUGAGUAACUAAACGAGUUUCUGUUUUUUAUGGCCAUGAGGUAAUUUACCCUCCACAUAACUCUGCUCUGUUCAGCAAGGUCUUUUCAUCCUUGGGUCAUGGAAAGGUGUAUAUUCAGUUCUGCCCAAGCCUUUCGUACAAGUUCAUAUACCUCAGACACCAGCAUGGCUGAGACAGAUAUCUUCACCCUGGCCUUACACAAACAAGCCUGAUGCAGUUACUGAUCCUACAGGUGACCUAAGACAUCACUGUUCCAAUGAGCAGGUGUUCUGACAAAUUGUGUACUUUGGAUGCUUGGGAAGGCACUACAAAGCCAGUCUUGACAGACUGGGACAAUAGGCAAAUCCCUGUUGUUUUGUAGGCUUGCUGAUGUGCAGGGGUCUGAAGGUCACUGUGUUUCCACAGCUCUUUUGAGACACCACCUGGAAGGAUGCCAAGGCUUCUCAGGCAUGGACAUAGAUCCUUUUCCCACUAGCAGCUGUUAGUGGCUCUCUUGCCUGUUUCAGUGACAAAGUGAUGAUGGCUUAAGGAGGCGCCUACAAUGAUAUUCUUGUUAAAAAAGUUCAAGUCUGUCUAUUUUUUACAAUAAAACAUUAUAUGUUUUUAA